GUCAGCUGAUCGCGGCGCGGCGGCGGCGGCGAUGGACUUUCUGCUGGGGAACCCCUUCAGCUCCCCCGUGGGGCAGCGCAUCGAGAGAGCUACCGAUGGGUCCCUGCGGAGUGAGGAUUGGGCUCUCAACAUGGAGAUCUGUGACAUCAUUAACGAGACUGAAGAAGGGCCCAAAGAUGCAUUCCGAGCCAUUAAGAAGAGAAUUGUAGGGAAUAAGAACUUCCACGAAGUUAUGCUGGCUUUGACGGUCCUGGAGACCUGCGUCAAGAACUGCGGCCAUCGUUUCCACAUCCUUGUGUCCAGCCAGGACUUUGUAGAAGGUGUCCUGGUGAGAACAAUCCUGCCAAAGAACAAUCCACCUGCCAUAGUGCAUGACAAGGUGCUGACCCUCAUCCAGUCCUGGGCAGACGCCUUCCGCAGCUCUCCAGACUUGACUGGUGUCGUUGCUGUCUAUGAAGACCUGAGACGGAAGGGUUUGGAGUUCCCUAUGACUGAUCUGGACAUGCUGUCACCUAUCCACACACCACAGAGGACUGUGUAUAGCUCCAACUCUCAAUCUGGACAGACCUCACCUGCAGUCAACUCCCCUCAGCAGAUGGAGUCCAUCCUCCACCCUGUCACCCUGCCCCCCGGGAGAGGCACAUCCAGCGACACGCCCAUCACACCCACACCAGAGCAGAUCGGGAAGCUGCGCAGUGAGCUGGAAGUGGUGAAUGGGAACACAAAGGUGAUGUCAGAGAUGUUAACAGAGCUGGUGCCAUCCCAGGCCGAGCCUUCUGACCUGGAGCUGCUGCAAGAGCUGAAUCGGACAUGCAGAGCCAUGCAGCAGCGAGUCCUGGAGCUGAUUCCCCGUGUCCUCCAUGAGCAACUCACUGAGGAGUUGCUCCUCAUCAAUGACAACCUCAAUAAUGUGUUUCUGCGCCAUGAAAGGUUCGAGCGACUUCGGACGGGACAGCCUGUUAAGGCAUCAAAUGAGGCAGAGAACAGCUUGAUUGACCUGGGACCCAAUACUCCUUCAGCACCGAAACAGCCUGAAGUCACCAGCAACCUUUCCUCUCAGCUGGCUGGAAUGAACCUGGGCUCAAGCAGUGUGAGUGCAGGGCUGCACUCCCUCGACACUUGUGGCAAGCUGGAGGAAGACUUUGACAUGUUUGCCCUGACCCGUGGCAGCUCGCUGGCUGAGCAGCGCAAAGGGGUAAAGUAUGAAGACCCCCAAGCCACCAAAGGCCUUGCUGGUGCCCUGGAUGCCCGGCAGCAGAACACGGGAGCGGGGGAGUCUGGUGCCUCUAGUGAUGGAGCCCAACUGACAAAGUGGAUGAUGCGUCAAGGAAUGGUACCAGUUCCUCAAGCCAAUUUCAUGGAAGACAUAGAAAAGUGGCUCUCCACUGACGUGGGAGACUCAGAGGAUCCAAAAGGUGUCACCAGUGAAGAGUUUGACAAAUUUCUGGAAGAGCGAGCAAAAGUUGCAGACCGUCUCCCCACUUUGUCCAGCUCCUCAGCAGGGACGUCCCUCUCCCCUCCUGCUGCCAGCCAACAUCGGAAGCAAGCAAAGGAAGAUGAUGCUAUGUUUGCCUUGUGAAUGCUAUGGACUGGUGUGCUGUGGAGCAAGAGGCUGUGUGUGCUGUUUUGCUUGCCUCCAACCAGGGGCCAGCAGAGGAAGGACUCUGUCCCCUUCCUCCAUUCUCUUCCUGUUUUACCUUUGAGUUGUUUUUAUUUUUAAGCUGCUUUCAGACUUCAGAUAAUCUUUGUUGUGUUUAGGGAUAUCAUACAGUAGACUUGUAAAGGGGGUUUCAAAGCUGCUAGAGAAUGUGGUAGUUGUGGGCUUUUCUUUUUAUGGUACAGAGUGGGCAAAGCAGAAGAAGCUCUGGAAGAAGCUCCCCCAUCCUACUCUCCAGUAAGGUAGGUUAGAGAUCCUGCCCAAGAAACAGGAGAGGCUGCAGUCUGCUGCUGAAAUCAUUCCUGCCUGCCUCUUUCCUCACCCCUCCCCUAGAAUGUAUCUCCAGCCCCCCUGCCUGCCAGUGUUAGACCGGAAAGCAAGGGGAUGUGAAGCAUUACUGGUGGCCGAGGAGGAACACUAAUAAUGGUAGAGGGACCCUGUUGCUCUAACCUCUCUUGCACAAGUGCUUAUGGUAUGCAACACCUUCCCACUCACAACCCCUUCUCUUCCUCGCCUCCCUUUCCCCAUCAGUUUAUCCAGAAUCCUGCCCACAGCCCAGAUGUUUCCAUUGCACGGCAGCCAGUCGUCCAAGCCCUUGGCAGCUCACAGGACUGCAAGCGGUACCCCAGGCUGAAGGGGCUCUCUCCCAUGGGGCAGGAUGUGCCUUCAGCAAACUAUUUGCAGUUAAUUUAAUUCUCCAUUAUCCUACUUUUAUCCCAGUGCAAUCCUACCUCCCUCUCUCCCUUCCACUGAUGCCUUCCACCACAUUGUGCUGUGGUGUGGGGAGUCCCUCUGAGCCAGGCCAAUGCUACAGACUCCCUUGGGAUGGCUGUGUGUGCCAGGGUCACAGAGCUGCGUCCCCCUAAAGCAGGAGGCCCUUCCAUCAGCAUUGUUACACCAGUGGGAACAUGCUGUUGCUGCAGAAGCUUGUUCAGCUAGUGAGCACAGAGGGGAAGUGAGACAUCAGUCAUCUCAUGUCAGUAGAACAGCCCUGCAGCAGCCAGAAGUUCAUCUGCACAUGGGGAGAAAAACCCUUCAGAGCAAACUGCACAUGCUGCCCACUUGUAAAUGAAAGGCAGGGAGGAGGGUGCCAAGCUCAGGGCUCCUGCUCGUGGGAUUUCUUGUUGAGUGUGGGAGAGUUGUCUUUUUUUACUGCACAUUAAAGGAGCAAAGCCUUGAGCCUCCCUUGAA